ACGCAGACGUUCCCAACGAUCGGAUCAAAAAAAAUCAAAUCGGGCAAAUAACCAAUUUGGUGACAAAUAACUUGUGGACUUCUCCGAAAAAUUACUUGGUGUUUUUUUUGAAAAAACAAAUUUUCAUAAUACUAAAGAAAAGGAAAACAAAAUAUUAGCUUGUCACUUCGAGGAGAUCAAGUUCAAGUGCUGAAAUAUAAAAACAAUGAUUACUCUGCGAAAAUGAUUUGCGAAAAUAAUUAAAAAGAAGACAAUCAGCUGUACAAUCAUAUCAAGGACAUUCGAGAAGCAUCCUUUUAAUAAGGCUAUGCAAAUUAUGUGUUAAACCAACUUGUUCAAUUAUUUUGGCGAUGGAUUAUUAGUCAUUGGACAAGACUAACAAAAACCUCAAAAAAGUUGAUCAUGCAUCAUCCAAGCGUAUAAGUCGUUGGCAAUAAAUAACAAAGUCGAAAAUCCGUUUUUGAAAAGUGCUUAGACAAGGCUCUAAAACGGCAACAACAAGUGAAAACCGCUGCAAUUCUAUGAGUUUUGUAAAUUUGAAAGCCAAAACAAUUGAUGUGUUAAUGCUGCCAAAUAGAUAGCAAUCAGCACCAGCCGAUAAAACCAGAGAGAAAACCAAGCGGAUCAAUAAUAUAUAUUUAAUAUAUACAACAAUUUUAAAAGGAAGUAAAGCAUAGAAAUGGCUAAAUUCUUUAUAACUUUGGUGCUGUUAGUGUGCCUGGCCCUGGAGAACAAGAAUGUGUACAAUCGCCUGCACGCAAGAUCCCAUCCGAGUUCCCGAGGCGACAUCUUGAGGCCCCAUCCCAAGCACCAGUCGCAUCCCCAUGUGCAGCACACCUCGCAGCAGCUGCAGCAGCAGCACCACAUCCGCCAGCAGCGAUCCCGCCAGCUGAAGCACCUGGAACCGGAUCCGACCAGCGAGGAGGACGAUGCACCGAUCACCAAGCGGGAGUACUAUGCCCGUCUCCGGCGCCACGUCAUCCAGAAGAGGGAGCACCUGCUGCGGCAGGAGCUGAGCUACAAUCAUCCCGGUUCCCAUGCGGAGCAGUUGAAGGUUCCCCGCCUGUGGCAGCAUCUCAUGGAGCAGGAGGAGAAGGAGCACCCCAUCAUGUUCGGUGAUGCUCCCGAGGAGUCUUCCCUGCCCUCUGAGGAAUCAUCCCUGCCCUCCGAGGAUCCAUUCGAUGGUCUCUCUCCACUGGACUUUGUGCGCAAUGAACUGAUGGCGGAGGAUCGUAAAAAUCAGGCGGAGGAGCUCGAUAUGGAUCUGGAACCAGAGACACCAAUAGAGCUGCCAGAGGCUCAGCCGGGUGAGAGGAAUAUCACCAUUUCGGUGAAGUCGAGCGGGGGAGGAUGUCCCAAGUGCGAGAGCAGCCGCCAGGUGGAGCACAUCACCGAGGAGCAGUUGACCCAUUUGCGCAUCGAGUUCGUCAAGCAGCAGAUCCUGGAGAAGCUGCGUCUCAAGGAGAGUCCCAAGGUCUCCGCCGUGGAGCUGCCCAAACCCAUCUUCGAUGGUAUGACACUCUCCCAUCCGGAUGACAGCACCAAGAACAAGGAGCUAGACGAUUAUUAUGCACGGACUAGCAAAAAGUUCAUACUGCUUAAUAGAGAGGAGGUCGAGUGCAAUCGCUUGGGAGGUGGAAAAUCCAACCCGUCCAUGUGCUUCAGCUUUAAGAUCGACGAUGCCGAUGCCGAGGGCUUUGAUGUCAACACCGCCGUCCUGUGGCUCUUCAAGAACAAACAGAACCGCACCGAGGACAAAGAUUCAUUGAACAACACCAGUUCACAGCAGACAAUUGUCGUAUCCGAGGUGGAGGUGGAUCAACAGAAGGACUCCAAGUAUUUAACGGCCACCAAGACCAUAGCCAUCCAGUCGGUGAAUGUGCAAGAUGAGUGGAUGAAGAUCGACAUUGAGUGGCCCAUCAAGCAUUGGAUCAGCGGUCACGAGCUGAGCCACCUCAUUCAGAUCACCUGCGGGGGUUGCGAGGUCAGCGACAUGGAGGAGAUUAUCUCUGUGGAUAAGGACUAUCGGCCGUUCAUCAUGAUCGACAUGCAGAACCGGCGGAGGAAAAGCCGCCAAAAGCGCAGCAUCAACUGCUCCAGCGGGAUGACAGAGUGCUGUCGCGAACACCUGUACAUAUCCUUCAGGGACAUCGGCUGGAGUAACUGGAUCCUGAAGCCAGAGGGCUAUAAUGCCUACUUCUGCCGCGGAUCCUGCAGCUCGGUGGCGAGUGUUACCCAAGCGGCAUCUCACCACAGCUCCAUUAUGAAAAUUCUCUCCACAAGCGGUGCAAACAAAUCGCUGGAGUUGGUGCCCUGCUGCACCGCCAAACAGUAUUCCUCGUUGCAGCUGGUCGUGAUGGACUCGAGUAAUAUGGCCACCGUGAAGACGCUGCCCAAUAUGGUGGUGGAAUCGUGUGGCUGCAGAUAGUCGGAAAUAUAUAGACCCUACUUAGCCAUCCAUUCAUCAAUCAGCCAAGUUACAAUCACAUAUCGGACAAAUUAGACGUAGACUCGCUCCAUUUCAGUUAGCAUUCAACUACAUUUCUCUUCAACUAAUUUAAACUCAUUUGCCAAGCAUUUACAUUAGCGUUAUAACUUAAUCGUAAUUAUCUGUAGUGCAUGUGCUGCCACUAGUUGUAGUUUAAAGCUAAAGUCAAUGUACUUAAGCACUCGAAGUAUGUAGGUAGUUAGCAAAUAGCUUCAAUUAAUUUAAUAGCGUUACUAAGUGCUGUCUUUUAAUAUGUAAUGUAAUUAUGUUCAUUGUUUAAGUAGCGUAUAUUGAGUUAUUAGCGGAGAAAAGCAUAAAGAAAAUCGAAAAAUAAAA